AUGAUCUCAUCUAAUUUCGCCCCAACCCUGUCGCGAAGGGACACCGCGAAAUCUGCGGCUGGUACCGAUGGUCUUCACAGCGCUUUGCCCCCGGCGACUAGUGGUGGGGGGACCUUCGGGCCACAGAGCGCAAGUGCGAUUUACCAGCAGAUUCAUGAUAUGGCUACAAAACGAAUCGCGACUCUGGAUUACUUGCGAAAGGCUCUCGAGGGCAAAGCCUAUUGGUUCAAUACAGUUCAUUUCUCCCGAGCAGAUAUCGGUCGUCUACCAUAUUUCGAAUCCCGCAAACUUUCUAGGAGAGCAGUCAAUUACCUACUGCUAGGUCUAUCGCUUCCAUCGAUCACAGACAUCAAUUCCACACCAUCUGAAUACUUACGAACUCUUAACGCCUUACUCCUCGAAUUCGAAGCAUACCAGCAAGUACACCCGCCAGAUGGCAGCUCCUCCUCUAGUCUUGCGCGAGCACGUAUCCCUCAGAUGUUCAAGCGGGCAGCCCAUGCAGGCACCAAGACACGACGGGCUAGCUCGGCCACCGAGAUCGGCCUACCGAUGCAAUCGAGUGAUCCGACCGAUCUGAAAAGUGCAGCUGGUAAUAUGAGUUCGCCGGCGAACGCGGCUUCCUCUGUCGUUUCGUUCCCCCUCACUGAAUCCGCCGAUCUCCUCCCCGGCGAAGAAUAUACAUACCUCGUUACGCCUUCGUUACCCUUUGAGCCGGACUUCUUUGAAACCUUCGCCACUCUUUGCGAUGUCCUCAUUGACUGUUACACCCGAAUCACGACUCUUGUAUCCUCGCCAUCUGUCUGUACGGUGGCCUUAGGAGAAACUUUCUCCAAGGCAGAUGCCAAGAUACGCAAGAUCAUGGUUGCAGGAGCAGUGCGAGAAUUUGAGGAUGCUAGCCGUAAUGGUGUCAAGACUGAGAUCUCUGGCGUCAACCGCGUUGUACUCGGUGGUUUGUUGGGGUAG